GAAGAAGCCAGGGGAAAGAAGAGACGAAGAAAGUGAGCUACUCCCAGGGAAAGACCAGCCAUUAGAAGUGGAGCUUGUAGAGGCCACCUACUUUGCACUCCAUUGAAAAAGCAGAGCAACUUGGUACUAUGGAGGCUGGAAACACCAAAGAAGAAGAGAAGAACCAGCAGAUCAAUGGGCUACAGCAGAAGUCAGGAAUGACUCAGACUGCAUCUGAAGGGGAGAGUGAGGCAGGAAAAGCAGAAAUUGCUGCGAAAGAAGCUAAGGAGGACAGAAAGGUCACAGAAAAAACUGAGAAAGAGGUGGAUGAAGCAGAGAAAGCAAAGGUGGCUGCUGGGAAUAAGGUGCAUGGAGAGAAGGAGGCUGGGAAAACUGAGGCUGCUGGGAUUGAGGCAAAGGGGAAGGAAGAGACCACAGAGAUGGCUUCAGAACCUGAAAAGGGGCAGAUGUCCAAGGCAAGCCAGAAGGAGAAGGUAGACAAAGGCAACAGCCAACCAGAAAUUGAGGGUGUAUCUGGAACAGAAGACGAUAUUUCUGGAAAACCAGAAGACCUACAUGAAGAGGAAGGGGAAAAAACUGAUGUUUUGAAAAAAAAUGCCAAGGAACAGGGUCGAACUGGCAGCACUUCUGAUGAGCCUCUUUCACCAGAAGCUGAGGAGGAAGAGGAGGAAUUCUGGCCAGAAUUCCCUCCCCGUUCUCCUGAAGCAAGUCCACAAAGCCCAACAGAGCUCAAAAGUUUGGAGACAGGUGGCAUUACUCCACCCUCUACUGCUCCAAAAGCUGCUGAGGAUUUGGCCAGCCCUGAAGCUGCCCUGAAGGGAGAGAAAGAGCCCCCACCUGCUGCACCAGAGGAAGCUGCUGCUGCCAAAGAGAAAAAGAAGAGGCCUGCCUUUGACCGGAGGGAGAUAACCAGGCCAAGGAUGCCACCCAGGGGACAGUCCCGCAAAGCCAUUGUGGAGAAGUUUGGAGGGGCUGCAACUGGUCCUGCCCCCAACAUCAAGAGGACUGGAGCUGCAAGCACUGUGAAGACCAUGUUGCUGGAAUGGUGCCGGGCCAUGACCCGUGGCUAUGAACACGUGGACAUCCAGAACUUUUCCACCAGUUGGAAAAGUGGCAUGGCUUUUUGUGCCCUCAUCCACAAGUUCUUUCCCGAUGCCUUUGACUACGCAAGCCUUGACCCAGCAAAUCGGAAAGAGAAUUUUACCCUGGCCUUCUCUACCGCUGAGACAUAUGCUGACUGUGCUCAACUUCUGGAAGUGGAUGAUAUGGUGCGCAUGAGUGUUCCUGAUAAUAAAUGCAUCUACACCUACAUCCAGGAACUUUAUCGCAGCUUGGUGGAGAAAGGGCUAGUAAAGACCAAGAAGAAAUAGAAAUGCAAAGCAGGCUUAGGUUCGAGGCUAACUGGAAGCUAUAGAAAAACUUGGUGGGACAGGUAAGAGGGUUACUGUAGUUCUCUUCUUCAAAGGGGAAUAUCUCCUUGAAAUUCUAAAAUCACACUAAAUGCAGCAAGACAAUAGCAAAAGAAAUGGAAAGCGAUAGAGGGAUUGAGAUCUUGUUCAUUAGUAGCACAUGGCAAUGAAGAACUUUAGUCAUAAUUUGUUUUUAAAUUAUCCCCCAUCUUUCAGGUCUAGUUGGAACACCUACAAGUAUUUAUGUAUUAGGGCUAAAAAGUUCAAGGUUCCAUAUUUAACUUAGGAUCUCUGACGCAUUCCUUGGAAGUCUUAUCAUGUCUUUUGGCAUAACCAGUAUUACUGUCCCACCUUCAAGACUUGGGAAUAAUCCCCUUAUUAGUGGGAUAUAGUAUGUUCUCCUUUUGUGGGUCUCAAAUUCCCUCACACCAUAUUACUUUAUUAGCUGUCAAGAAAUAUAGUACUGUAUCUGCACAAAUGGAAAUGUCUAAUGAUGAUGUUGCUAUUUUAGUCAGUGGGAAAGCAUCAAAGGACAACACCUAAAUGAUUAAGAAAUUAAGUAUGUUAAAUGAUAGGUGUUUGAUCAAUAGAAAAGUCCAUCUUGAUGGCAGGGAUCUCAACACUCUCACUACUGGGAAGAUAGCCAUUUUGGCUUCCAAGACCCGGGUACAGUGGGGAUAUGUUAGUUGUUUCCACUUCCUGAAGAAUUUUAGAGGUCUAGCCACAGCAUGCUGGGGUAGUAAAAAUAGCAAAUGAAGAUAGUUACUUCUGAAGGGAUAGUCCCAGGCAGAAGAUGAAAAGCCAGCUUAGUAUUCUGGCAUUCGCUGACCAGGUGCCCUCUAGAUGUGAGGCUUCAAGCAUUAAGAUCCCCAGUCAACAUGCCCAACACAUGUGGAGGGCUCCAGAUUGGGAAAAUAGCCUUAUUCAAUAGCUGGAUCUUUUCCACAAUAAAGCGGAUAGGGUUUCAAAGAAAAAUACAGGUGUGGCUCUUCUAUACUGAACUGGUGGGUAGGUUGGCCUGUAGACCUGCUUAGAAACACUGUAGAAAUCACAGCAACUGUUGAGAAGCUAUGCUUGGGACCACCCCCUGUGCUUUGCUUCUGUUUUCUCCAAGGAUCAAGAGGCCUCAAAUUCAGAAUUUCUUUUAUUUUUCAGAGGGAAUGCAACAUGGGAUGUACCCUGGCUAAAGAACAUUAUUCUGCAAUUUCCUGAGUGUGACACUGGAAUCAACCACUACUUAAUCUUCGCUAGCACUAAAGUCUGCUAUCUGUCGCCUUUCUGCCAACGUGCUUUUGAAAAGAGCAGGAAAGGAAUGCUUACUGAUGUCACGUCAGCACUUCAAAAAUCUGAUUUUUGUGGAAGCAGAACUGAGCCUGUCCCAAAUAAACAUGACUCAGAAAAAGUGUGUCCUUCCAGAUGUUACCAUCACCAACUCUGCAUCCUGUUUUUGGAUUGCAAAAGUCUUCCUGCAACCCAUGCUGCAAUCACCCUUUCCCUUACAAGGCACCGGUUCCAUUAAAGCACAGUGUACCAAGUCAAAACCGUCACACUGUAUUUUUAUGCUGCAUUCUGUUUUAGCAAUGGCAGCUCAGGUGGCCUGCAGCAUGGCUUCCAGGGGAGAAUGCAAACAGCUCUGUUUGAAGCAGCCACCCAAGCGUAUUAGAACGGUUUGAAGGACAGGGCAUACAUGGCCUAACCUCAUGUUUGUUUACUAGGAAAUAAGCUCCUCUGCAUUCAGUUACUCCCCAAACCAUUGAACUUUGAGCAGAGAUCACACUGUGCAGAGAACAGGCUAAGAAUAAAUAAGCUGACUGGAGGGAGUGGGGGAUCCCCUCCUUUGUUAGUUUACAGGAAAAAGUGCUGGGCAAACAUCAAGCAGCAAAGCUUUCAAUGUGUGGUAAUGAAAACCUCUCUGGAGGCAGAGAUUUGAAUGUGGUGAUUUUACUCUGUUCUCAGCAGCUUGGAACGACUCGGGGGAGGAAUCAGUUGAAAUUGUUCAGAGGACAGCUUAUUUUAUAAGAUGGCAAACAAAUUUAAUUCAGUGUAAAAAUCCCCUUUAACUUCCUCUUCUCACUUUUAAAUAUAAAUACAUCACAUUUAGAAAGGGGGGGGGGCUUUAAGCCUGAACUGAGGAGGAAGGAGAGCUGCAAACUGUUUCUUAUUUACCGAAAUCAGAAGACAGGUGUGUACACGCUGGCAUCCUACCCUGCAGAAAUGCCUAUUCUUGUUUCUUCCAUGGCCAGGGCAAGUACAUUCAGAGGAGCAACCUCCUUUAAAAAGCGGGGAGCUUGAAAAGAAAUCAAGUCCUAGGAAAGCAAGUCCUAGUGGUUUAAUCUGCUCUUUGGGGAUAUUGAACACCGGAUAGUCUCAGUGCACAUCAUUGUGAUCCAUGAGACUG